CGUUGUGGUCCUUAGAGGGUCAUUCGGAUAGUUAAGUCAGUCAGGGGGGUGGAAGUCUAAGUGGUGAGGAGUGGAACUGUCACUUGGUAGUUCAUCUGACACCAUGGUUGACCUGCGUAGCAGUAGAAGCACCACCCCGUACACUAAGGCUCAGGAAGAGCAAGCCGCCACCGUUCUAAAAAAGAGAAAAGGGAAAGAGGCUAAGAAAGAGUUGAUCAAGCAGGCCAAGAAGUUGGCCUUGAUGGAGGUACAGGCGACGAAGAAGAAGAAACUGGAGGAGGAGAUGGAGAAGUUGAAAAAAGAAGAGGAGGAGAAGUUGAAGGUAGUAGAAGAAGAGGAAGUGCAAGUGGAGGAAGUCCCCUUGGACAGAAGGACCAGAACGGAAAGGGGAGAAUCAAGUGGCACGAAAGAAGAUGAUCAGUGGAUGGAGAAUAUUAGAAAGUGGGUUGCAAACCUGUCGCUGGGAGAGGAGGAGGAAGCGAUGCUAUAUAUCCCCAGGGCAGAACAAGAGGCGGUGGUGAAACAGUUAGAGGAAGAAGAAGACCCGUUACACCUCCAAGUCAUAGAGGACGAGAAGAAGUUCGAGUGGAAGCUGCGCCUCGCGAGAGAAAAGAGGCAACGGUUGGAUGCAGCCGAUAAAGGUGGUGAAGGAAUUGCAGGUGGUGGAAGAACAACGGCAGCAAAUGGAGAACCAGGCGGAUGUGUUGGGAAAAAUGGAGCUGGCACAUUUGGUUUUCGGAGGAACGAGUGUUACAUCAUGGUUGUCCUUCGGUCAAGGACCCAACGUGCUGCGAGGUCUGGUGAUCGUCCUCCCCUUGCUGCUCUGAAUGGCUCUGGUAGACCUCCUAGACAACCUACUACAGCACACACUGUUGCUGUAUCGAAUGGCAGAGCAGGCCAGGUUACGAAAGAUCGUCGAGGAAGAGGACGACGAGGGGGAGGAGGAGGAGGAGGAGAGAAUGAGAUGUGCAAGGAAAAUGGUAAAGCUAAGGAUGACAAAGGGAACAAGUCGUCUCGCGUUGUUGUUUUUCCAUCGUCAUCGCCGUUGUCCUUGGACAAAUCUAGCUCCAGUGCAAAGGAGGAGGGGGGUGAGGAGGAGGAGGAAGAGGACGAAGGUUUGGCGGGCAGCAGUGAUGAUCCAGACUUCAUGGAGGAAGGAAGUGAGUCCAGCGACGAGAGCGGGUUGGAAGCAGAAGCAAACAAAAUGGACGAAGGGGCGAUGGAACUAAGUAGUGAUUCAGAGAAGGAAGGAGGAGAAAAGAGCAAAGAAGUGGAGAGGAGGGGCAGCAGGGGGGGAAAGAGGGGGAGGAGACCUGCUGGAAAGGUGGUUGAUGGCAUGGAGCUUGAGUUAGAGUCAGAGUUGAAGGAGGAUAUCGCGGAAGAUGGGGAAGAGGACGAAGAUAAGGACGAGGAAGAGGGAGGAAGAAAUCGAAGGAGGGGGGGGGUGAGAGGACACCGGAACAGGAGGAGGAAGGAGAAGACUUCUCCAAACCCGCGGAAGAAGAAACAGAAACAAACAUGGGACUGGGAGCAGGAUAUGGUCGUGGCGUCAGAGGAGGAGGAGGAGGAGGAGGAAGACAUUGUGGCAAUGGAUAGAAAUAAUGAUGGGGAAGAAUCUCUGGUAAUCAGUAAUAAGAAAGGUCAGCUGAGGCACGAAACACCAUGUGAGAUGAUGAUGCCUCUUCUUCCAUUUCAACAAGAAUGGCUAGCCUGGAGCUUGAAGCAGGAAGAGUCCGACAUCAGAGGAGGGAUCUUGGCUGACGAGAUGGGAAUGGGAAAGACCGUCCAGGCAAUCUCCCUCAUUGUAGCUUCCAACUCCUCUGGAGGAGGAGGAGGAGGAGGAGGAGGUGAUUGUGGAGGGAAAGAUGACCCUGAAAGGUGUGCAAAAGCUGUGGAAAAUGAUUCGACGUUGACCCAGAGACGAGGCCGAUUUCGUCAAGGGCCUUCUGUCCGAGUUGCAGACCUUGAUGGCCAGCAGCAGCAGCAGUCAGUGCCGGACCCGAUCGCGGCCCCGUCGCCACCACCUCUCCCAAGGGUGAAGGCCACCUUAGUAGUCUGUCCCUUAGUCGCUGUCACGCAGUGGAGGAGCGAGAUUGCCAGAUUCACAAAGCCGGGAACACUGAAAGUGCUUGUCUAUCACGGUCCCAAAAGGGCGGUCAGCACCACCAAUCUCUCCCAAUUCGACGUUGUUCUUACCACCUAUUCCAUAGUCGAGGCGGAGCACCGGAAACUGACGUUCGGUAACAGGGUGGCAUGUCAGUGGUGCGCGAAGAAGAUGUUGCCUGAGCGGCUGAUAAUACACAACAAAUACUUUUGUGGACCUUCGGCAAAACGGACCGGAAAACUGUCAAAAACGUUCAAAAAAAAGGUUGGCCAAACAGCGACUGCUUCAACCUCCAAACAGAAGAAGCAAAGGGACAGCAAGACCGUCUCUUUUGCAGACGAAAAGUCGAAAGCAAAAGGCGGUGGUAAAACGCGGAAAACGAGGGUGACUACUCGUGACAAGCGGAAGCAUGCUGCUUCGGCAUCUUCUUCCGAAGUCGAAGCCGAAGUCGAGGUCGAUGUCGAUGAUGACAGCGACAAUGUUGGCAUGCAAGAUGAGAUAGAUAGCGAUGAUGACGGUGAUUUUCAAGACGAUGAUUACCAAGGAUCAGACAGUGGUGGUGGGAAGAAGGAGGUGUCAUGGAAGACGAACGAACAGAACGACAAGAAGAAGAAGACGGAGACGAAGAAAAACAAGAAGAAGAGCAAGAGAGGAGAGAAGGAAGAAGAGGAGGAAGAGGACGAUGAGGAGGAAGCAGUGGAGCCCAGUCGUAGGAGAAGGCGUGGUGGUGGUGUCACUGCUGGUGCCUUGUCGAAGGCUCUUGCCGCCGCAGCUGAGCAUAUAGACAACAACACUCCUGCUGCAGCGGACAGCAGUGGCGGCGGCGGCGGUGGAGGAGGAGGAGGAGGAGGAGGAGGAGGAGGGAGAACGGGUUUCUCCUCUUUCCUUCAUUCGUUUCACUGGAAACGUAUCAUACUCGAUGAAGCUCAUAACAUCAAGGAUAGGAAUCGCAACACGUCCAAAGCUAUUUUUGCAUUGGAAGCAGAUCACAGAUGGGCGUUGAGUGGAACCCCAUUGCAGAAUCGAGUGGGAGAGCUCUACUCACUCGUCCGCUUCUUGCAAAUCAUGCCCUUCUCCUUUUACUUUUGCACAAAGUGCGACUGUCAAUCUCUUGACUACAGGUUCGGUAAUGAAUGGAGGAAGUGCGAUUUGUGUGGGCACUCGCCGCUCAGUCACUUCUGCUGGUGGAACAAGUACGUAGCCAACCCAAUCAAACGCCUAGGCUACGUUGGCGAUGGGCGUAAGGCGAUGACCAUCCUGAAGCGAAAGGUGUUAGACAGGGUGCUUUUGCGCAGGACAAAGGUGGAGAGAGCUGCGGACUUGGCCCUGCCGCCAAGGAUGUCCUUCCUACGGAAAGAUCCAUUCGAUGAACGGGAAGAGGACUUCUACCAAGCACUCUAUAUGCAGAGUCAGGCGCAGUUUAAUUCGUAUGUGGAUGCUGGGGCCGUGCUCCAUAACUACGCGCACAUCUUCGAGCUGUUGAUCAGACUCCGACAAGCCGUCAACCACCCCUACUUGGUUGUGUAUUCGAGGACAGCAGGAGCAGCAGGAAAGGGAGGUGGAGGACAAGAUGGGCAAGCAUGUAAUGGGAAAGCGGAGAAGGGUGAGGAUGAGGAGGAAGAGGAGAUAUGCGGCAUCUGCCGCGAUCCGCCGGAGGACGUAGUCAUGACAGCUUGCCAGCAUGCGUUCUGCAGGCGCUGCAUCAUGGAGUAUGUGACAGCAGUGACAGGCGUCAGUGACUUGGAAGGUGACAAGGAAGACGGAAGUCGGCCGCAAGCCGCAACAGCAACAGCAGCUCAAGGAACGUCUCCUAUCCCCACAACAGCUGCCGCUCAUCAUCAUCCGCAAUGUCCAACGUGCCGCCGUCCGUUGACAGUUGAUCUCUCUCGGCAUGCCAAUGGUAAUGCAAAUGAGAAGUCGUCGACAGCAGCAGCAGCAGCAGCAGUCUCAGCUCACAGUGUGAGAGCAGGACGAGGAGCUGGAGUAGUAGGAGUAGGAGUAGGAGAAGGAGGACCUCAACCUGCAUCGGGUAGUUUCCGCAAGAACAGCAUCUUGACACGGAUUAGUAACUUGAAAGCAUUUCGGAGUAGCACGAAGAUUGAAGCGCUUCGAGAGGAAAUCUAUCAUAUGCUCGGCAAGGAUCCAUACGCAAAGGCGCUCGUCUUUAGCCAAUUCACGUCGAUGCUUGAUCUGAUCAUGUUCCGCCUUCAUCAGACCGGCAUCACUUGCGUCAAACUCGAUGGCGGCAUGUCGAUGGAGACCAGGGACAAAAUGAUCAGCAGUUUCAGUAACGAUCCUGAGUGUCGAGUAUUUCUCAUGAGCUUGAGUGCCGGAGGAGUCGCGCUCAAUCUCACCGUCGCGUCUCAUGUCUUCUUGAUGGACCCUUGGUGGAACCCUGCCGUCGAACAACAGGCCCAGGAUCGAAUCCACAGAAUAGGACAGCAUAAGCCGAUCCAGGUAACGCGAUUCAUCAUCGAGGACACCAUUGAGGAAAGGAUUCUCAAACUGCAGGAGAAGAAACAACUGGUUUUCGACGGCACGGUGGGUGGAUCGAAUGAAGCGCUUGGCAGGUUGACAGAAGACGACAUGCGCUUCUUGUUCUCAAACUAGGUUAGUAGAACAAACCAGGUUAGUACUACUGUCUUCUCACCCCAACAGAACGCCCGGUCAUUAUCGCUGCAUCUGGACCGAAAGAUGUGCCAAAUACAGCGAUAAUGACUGGGGCGUUCGAUAGGGGUGAAGAUGGUAGUUACUGCAGGAGAAGAGACAACUGCCUUUCAGUGGAGGGACUGUGAGUGGAUCGAAAGAAGCGCUCGCUUGGCAGGUUGAUCGGGGUUAGUACUACUGUCUUCUCACCCCAACAGAAUGCGCGGUCAUUAUCGCUGCAUCUGGACCGAAAGAUGUGCCAAAUACAGCGAUAAUGACUGGGGCGUUCGAUAGGGGUGAAGAUGGUAGUUACUGCAGUAGAAGAGACAACUGCCUUUCAGUGGAGGGACUGUGAGUGGAUCGAAAGAAGCGCUCGCUUGGCAGGUUUGAUCGGGGGGGGCGAGAUGUCUUUUUUGUUCUCAAACUAUACUUGCUAGGUUCAGCUAACCAGGUCAGUCCUAUAGACUGGACUGCAGGAGAAAAUAGACAACUGGCUUUCAGUGGAUUGAGUGGAUCGAAUGGAGCCACUUGGCGAGUUGACAGAGGAGGACAUGUUUUUUUUCUCUUGUUCGGAGGACGUGUUUUUUUUCUCUUGUUCUCAAACUAACUAGGUUGGUUGGUUAGCUCCCAAACUAUCUAACCUAGGCUUCUUUUUUUUUUUUUUUUUUUUGUUUGUUUGUGGGUGGGCGAUGAUGUUGACUUGAUGCUAGGCAAUCACAGCAAUUACAAACCUAGGCAAGUUACUCAAACUAACAUAGGUGGUGACAGUUAAAAAGUUAAGCCUGAGAUAUUAGUACAGAAAGU